AUGGACGAUACAAGAACCCACUAUUCGAUCUUGACUAGUGAUGACCUGUCAUGGUGCAGGGAGCACCUGCAGGCCGACGACGUGUACGUGCUCGGUGACAGCCGCACCGAGACCCCCGGUCCUGGACGGGACCUGGCUCUGCUGGCCGCCUGCAACCACACCGUGUUCGACUACGGCACCUACGGCUUCUUCGGAGCCUUCCUCGCAGGCGGCGACAUGAUCCUGGCGGACGGGUUUGCUGAGCUGGAGCACGAAAUUGUGACCGAGCUGCGUGUGGGCGGUAUCAAUGCCACGUUUCUGGACCCCAACGGCGUGCUACUGCCCCACUGUGUGCUCUGCACGUGACGUUAGGCUGUUGUUCCACUGUGUGUUCUGCACGUGACGUUAAGCUGUUGUUCCACUGUGUGUUCUGCACGUGACGUUAGGCUGCUGCCUCACUGUGUGUUCUGCACGUGACGUUAGGCUGCUGCUCCACUGUGUGUUCUGCACGUGACGUUAGGCUGCUGCCCCACUGUGUGUUCUGCACGUGACGUUAGGCUGCUGCUCCACUGUGUGUUCUGCAGGUGACGUUAGGCUGCUGCCCCACUGUGUGUUCUGCACGUGACGUUAGGCUGCUGCUCCACUGUGUGUUCUGCACGUGACGUUAGGCUGCUGCUCCACUGUGUGUUCUGCACGUGACGUUAGGCUGCUGCCUCACUGUGCGCUCUGCACGUGACGUUAGGCUGCUGCUCCACUGUGUGUUCUGCACGUGACGUUAGGCUGCUGCUCCACUGUGUGUUCUGCACGUGACGUUAGGCUGCUGCCUCACUGUGCGCUCUGCACGUGACGUUGGGCUGCUGCCCCACUGUGUGUUCUGCACGUGACGUUAGGCUGCUGCCCCACUGUGUGUUCUGCACGUGACGUUAGGCUGCUGCCUCACUGUGCGCUCUGCACGUGACAUCAGACUCCUGUGUCAUGCAGGGAUCUCCGCAGACGAAGAGAGAAGUACCAAUAAUUGUCAUGACACUUGCCUUCAGCUGACAACCCGGGUCCGCGUGCCGAAAAACACCAGUGUGCAAACUUGUACCUCGGAACCUGCGUUGUCAACUGGCUGGUUCGAAACAUACCAGUGACGACUUUUGGACAGCAUUCGAUGAUGUGCCGACGGCGGAAAGCCGUCAUGCCCGCAUGUUUUGCUGAAAUGGGUUGCACUCAUUAAUAAUAUAUUUGAGCUGGAUGAGCAAAUGGCUGGCAGUGUAAAUGGGGGCGGCGCGAAUAGGUGGCUGUGGGUGGGUGCAAUGUCUCCGAUUCUGAGGCGAGCGCACGCAUUCUCCAAGCGGUCUUUUCGGCGUCGAGAUGGCCAGGGCGUGAUGUCAGGAUUAAUGUCACGAGGUUGUGUCCCAGUGGUGUUCGUCCAAUGUCGUACCCAAACACGCUUUGUCAGUGUGCGAAUAGAAGACUAUAGAUGUGUAAUCAAAAGAGGUGUGCGUUGUUUGUAUGGCUGAGAGAGCUUUUUUGGCCAAUUGGUCAGCCCUGGUCAUUCCCCAUGAUGGCUCUAUGGCCUGAAUUCAUCAACAUU